AUGGUGGCUCAUGUUCUUUCCGUCUGUGUCCGUCACUCGCCUGUGGCCUUCGCACAAUUGCCGAGGGUUCCCACACUGGCCGUGGCCUGGCCGCUCAGCACUGCUUUGUGCCUCACGAGAACCCAGAUGAAUCCUGGGGCUACACAGCCGGCCUUGUUGCUUGCAAAGCUACCAGGGAGGGUCACACAUUUGUACCUCCAGUACAGUGAUGCACCUCCUCUAAUGCUAGAGGGGAUCAAGGACCAAGUUCUUUAUGUCUUGAAACUCUAUGACAAGAUUGACCCUGAAAAGCUCUCAGUCAAUUCCCAUUUCAUGAAAGACCUGGGCUUAGACAGUCUGGACCAAGUGGAGAUUAUUAUGGCCAUGGAAGACAAGUUUGGAUUUGAAAUUCCUGAUAUAGAUGCAGAAAAGUUAAUGUGCCCACAAGAAAUUGUAGAUUACAUUGCACAUAAGAAGAAUGUAUAUGAAUAA